ACCAAGACCAUCUCGCUGCGCUCUGUCACACUACAAGGCUCACAACUACGCUCUGCUGCGCAUCAGUUGUCUUGUGCAGUACCGUCUCAAAGCCCACUAGCCAUCUGGUCGGCGCUACUAGAUGACGCACUGCAGGUGUAGGCGCCGCGACGACAGCAGCAGUGACAGGGACUCAGAAGACGAUGCAGAAUCGUUCCUUCCUGCUGGAGGGUUGCCGUCUCUACCACAGCUAACGGACAAGGCCAAUGUCUACUCGGGCUGCUGUCUCGCCCUCAGCGCACCCCUCGUCGCCCACGUGCACUCGCUCCUUCCGCCCCCGCCAGCCCUGACGCUCUCCAUCGGCAGCGGCUUCGGCCUGCUCGAAGCACUCCUCAUCGCGCCGCCCUACGCUUCCAACAUAAUCGGCGUCGAGGUCGAGCCGAGUGCCAACACAUACUUGUCUGCGCCACACCAUCGCAUCGUAUAUGGGACGCGCUUCCUCGAACCGCUCGCAGCACAAGCCACCGGGUGGCUGUUCGUCUAUCCACGGCGCGUCGGUCUUGUCGGCGAGUAUGUGGCAGCCUAUGGACGCGACAGGGUCAACACAAUUAUCUGGGUAGGGCCACAGGCUGAUUGGGAUGACUACCAGGGCUGUUUCGCUGCGGGCUGGGAGGUGCAAACACAAGGCGCAGAUGCAGUAGGCGGUAAAGCAUGGGAGCUGAUUGCUAUUGCAAGGAAAGUGCCAGCAUGAUAUUGCGUCAUUUGUCUCUCGAUGGAAGGCGUCAGGUUGCUCAAAAGGUGAUCACAUCAUGGU